GAAAUUUGCAGAGUAGAAUCGCCUUUUAUUUGAUGAAUAUAAAAGUUGGAAGAAGAACAAUAUAUCUUACCAGACAUGGAGAAAGUGAACUAAACGUAUGCGGUAAAAUUGGAGGGGAUGCUCCACUAUCUACUCGAGGAUUGGAGCUUUUGUGUAGCUUUGCUGGUAUUCACCCCAAUACGAUCUCCGAUGUCUACAAUGUGGAAGAGCGCUGGAAAUCUGUCCUAGCUCAAAUCCUUAAGUAA